AUGACCUGGUCUAACUGGACCGUGUCCUCAUUCCCUGGUGUGUUCCAGUGUGCUUCGACUGGACUGGUGUUUGUUAUGGCUCAAAAGGCAGAGCUGCUGUACAGGACUGUCCAAUGGGAUGAGGGCCUCCUCCAACCAGCUGGCAAGAAGGCUGCAGGGCUGCUCUUCAAAAUUGAGAGUUCUGUGGAUGAUGCUGUCUGUCAGCUCCACCUCCCACACUGUGAAACAAAGGACGCGUUGGUCUUUGAUGGCCUGUUGUCUGUCGCCCACAUCACUGAUGAUGGAAUGACAUUCUUAGAGCCGCUGGAGAUUACGGACACUCAUGUGAUGGUGAAGGUCCCUCACCUCUCUUCCUUCGGCCUGGUCUGGCAUAUUGCUAGGUUUCUGAACAUCGCGCUGCCAAUAAAGGGCCAAGUUCUGCUGUACCUCCGACCCCCACUCAUCGGGAAUCAAAUUCUCAAUGUGUUUCUGCUGCAGGACAACAUCCCUGUGGAUCAGUUACUGAAGGUCGCCAAAAGCCAACGACAUGCAAAGUACAUUGAGAGCUCCUCCAACUGUCUGCUGGGCUUUGGUCAAAGUUACAGUGUCCACUGUGAACCUGAGGGCUUCACAAUACAGCCUGAGCGUGAACAAUUUAACUCAAGUUAUGGACCAAAUUUCCAUCCCACAUUUGAAGUUUUCCUGACCACGAACACGAAGAGAGUGACUUUGUCGAUCCAGGACGAAGAGAAGAGGAGCGUAGUCUGGAAGCGUGACGUAUUAUUAGGAGAUCCAAGAGAGGAAAUUCAAAGGAGAAAUGUCCCAGCAGAGGGCAGGGUCCCAGCCUUGGGCAGCAUCCCAGCAGAGGGCAGCAUCCCAGCAGAGGACAGGGUCCCAGUAGAGGACAGGGUCCCAGCAGAGGACAGGGUCCCAGCAGAGGACAGGGUCCCAGCUGACGUGAAGCUGUUCUCGGUUCGGACUCAGUUCGUCAACAGAGUGACUGAACCUGUCCUGGACCAGCUGCUGGAUAAACUUCUUGAGCGCGGAGUGAUAACUGACGCUGAAAUGCAGUCGGCUAAAACGAAAGUUAGAGCAAACAAAGCAAGAGACGUGAUGGACACGGUGCGAAGAAAGGGGACCGAAGCCUGCUCAGUUCUGAUCGCCGCGAUCCGAGAGACGGACAUUUAUCUCUCUAAAGCGCUGAACUUCAGCUGAAGCAAAACCAAGAACUGUUGAGUGAUGAUGAUGAUGAUGAUGAUGAUGAUGAUGAUGAUGAGAAAUCUCUACAACAGUUGUCUCACAUGACUUAUUGUAAUCUUUGAAGGUGCAUAAUAAGAGACAGGAAUUCCCAAAAGAGUUUGUGGGACUGUGGAAGAAAAGUUUGUACAUUUUAAAGUAAAAUGCAUCUGGUGAACUCUCUCGCAGGUUCCAUGAAUCGGGUUUAUAUCUGGACCGUGGUCGUGUCUCCUGCUGUGGCCCUACUGACACCCACUGCUACUACCAUUAUUAUUAUUAUUAUUAUUAGUCACAUUACUAUUACUAUUCCUAUAUCAUUAUUUUAAUUCUACUAUAGUCAUUGCUGCUGUUAUUAUAAGUAGUCUUCAUUGUUUCCUUCGUUACUCUGCUUACUACUGUGAUUAUAUGAAUCAUUUAUGUCAUAUACAUUGAAUGUGUUGUAUCUCUGUUAUGCUGCUCAUUCUGUACACAUGACAUCUAUUGACUUCUGUCCAUCCUGG